CGAGAAAUUUUAAUUGAAUUGUUGCGAUCUACAAAUGAGUUUCUGUUCAAAAUAGCUCAAAAAAGGCCAAAUAUUCGGAGCAUAUUAAAAUGGAAACAAAACUUAAGCUACCUUCAGAUAAAUUAAGUAAGCUACAGGAGUCCGUUAGGAUUGGUGGGAAGGGUACAGCGCGUAGAAAAAAGAAAGUUAUUCAUAGGACUGCCCUCACAGAUGAUAAGAAACUUCAAACAUCUUUAAAAAAAUUAGCCGUUAAUACUAUUCCUGGAAUUGAGGAGGUCAACAUGAUAAAAAAUGAUGGUACAGUCAUUCAUUUUAAUAACCCAAAAGUACAAGCAUCUCUGGCUUCCAAUACAUUUGCAAUAACUGGGCAUGGGGAGACAAAAAAUUUCACUGAGCUUAUGCCAAAUAUUUUGAGUCAUAUUGGUACUGGUUUUCUUCUACCUUUAAAUGAGCAAAAACAGAAAUCUCAAAAUAAUGAAAAAGGGGAUAGUUCAGAUAAACCAACCAAAAAGAUUGAAUCAACUGGUGCUGAGGAAAUUCCAGAUCUACUUGAAAAUUUUGAUACAUAUCUUAAAAAGGAAGUCACACAAACCUAAAUAUUAUUAUAAAUUAAUUGUGUUACAAAAUCAUGCUCUUUAUACCCUUAUAGAUAUUUUGAAUAUUAUAUACAUUUACUACAAAUAUUUGAUUUUGUAUGAUACAAAAAUGGCUUU